UUUUCAGCGACCGAUUUAUAAGUGAUCCCAUAUCCCCCGCGACUUGUCCGCCUUGCUUGAGCUUGUCGACUUGUGAAAGCCUCGACAAGAUUUAUCUACGUAAAGGAGGGCGCUGGUCAAGGCCGAAGUUUGUCCAGAUUGCAAACAGGGCCAUCCAUACAAGUCACGUUUUCCCAGUUCAGCUUCCGCCCGCAGUCUCGUGGCCAAGAAGCUGCGAUUCUCUUUCUCAUCUUCCUUCAACACCCUGCCAUGAUCGCUGCAACAUCCGAAACAACGACUAGAUUACCAGAGCAAGCCUUCAUUGCAACUCAAAACGCGAGGUUACUCUCAGUCCAAGAUAAAAUACGGAUCUUUCAACCCCUGCAACAGCCAAGAUGGCCGACGUACUGAAGAAGAUUAUCCCCCUCAUUCUUCUCCUCUUACUUGUCAUUGUGCUCGGUUUUGUCGGUUUUGUCGUAUAUUCCAUUGCCAAUGACAUUGCACAAAAGACGUCACAGCACAUGGAGAAGAAAAAUGUGUCCUUUACCAAGGACGGCUUGAAAGUCGGCAUCAAAGAAAUGAAGAAUGAGAACUAUGUGGAUAAGACGCAGAGCUACCUUGUCAAAGCAUGGAAUUACUCUACCUGGCCGGCUUACAAGAGCCGAUUCUGGAAUAAGCAAGCCACUGAAAACAAUGGUCAGCAGCAAUCGCGACCAGAAGCACGACGAGGACACACCAAUCACGGCAAGACGCAAUGAUUGACCAUCACAACUUCAACUGCAACGGGAAUAGCACUUCCCAAGACAUUGACGACGAGCAAAUUCAAAUUUGGGAGGAGGACAAUCCUGACGAAAUCAAU